UCACAUGUGCAAGUAGUUAGCUAACUGACAGCCGGCGAUUUUAGUUGACAUACACACAGAAGAAGUUCCUUAACUUGUAGGUAUUUAGUUUUUCAAUUCUCAAAGCUGUGAUCUAGCUCAGGAAGUGACAACUGGAUAGUGUUUCUGCAGGCUGACAGUGUCUAAAAAGAGGACAUGUAACUAUGGCAAUGUUGGCAAGCAGGGGAUGUGUUGUUUUACUGAAAACCUUGUGUGGUCAUUGUCAAAAGAGUUUUGGAUCAGCAGGACGUGUGCAAGUUUGUCGUCGGAUCUCCACCUCCAGGCCUUGUUACAGAGUAAGAGACAAGGAUGAAAUGCAUAAGAAGACUAAGAAAGAACUCGUUGUCAGAUCAGAAGCUGUGUUUGAUGAGGCAGCACGAAAAGCCAAAAAUAAGAUAACAUUUCGCAAAGCUGUGGGCACGUACCUGCAGAGAGAAGGGGCCUACAGGCGAGGUCAUAUAGAGUUUAUUUAUGCAGCACUGAAGAGGAUGAAAGAGUUUGGUGUUGAAAAGGAUCUGGACGUUUAUAAGCAAAUUCUGGACAUUUUACCCCCUUUUGUCACGGUGCCUAAGUCAAUGUGGCAAGUUGAAUUUCAGCAUUUUCCCAAGCAGCAGCAGUGUGCCAUAGAUAUUAUGCAGCAAAUGGAAGACAAUGGUGUUAUCCCUGACAAUGCUUUUGGAGACAUGAUCUUGUGUCGUUUUGGUAAAGACGGCCAUGCUUCAAGGAAGUACAGACGUAUAAUGUACUGGCUGCCCAAGUUCAAGAAUCUGAAUCCAUACCCUAUUCCCAGCAGUUUACCUGAUGAUGACCCAGUACAGAUGGCUGUCAUUGCUCUGAAGAGGAUGGCAGUUGACUGGGAAAACAAGAUAACUGUGCACAAGACAGCAGAGGAUGAAGAAAUGCCUUUAGAGGAUACAUUUAUUGCCUAUGCCCAGAGUCCCAAACAGCAAGAGUUGCUAGCAUCUCACCCUGUGGACAAACCUGUGUAUGUUGAAGGAGGUAACCCUGUUUGGGUGAAAUCCUAUCUACAGACAUAUUUUGUGCUGAUAUCUGACCCUGACCCCAACAGAUUUGUGGACAAAGAAGAAGAUGAGGAGGAGUUGUUUAACUGGAAAACCAUAUUUGAAGAGGAGAGACCAAGGGAGGUAAUCCCUGCUCCUUCCAUCCAUGAGCAGGAGGAUGGAACAGUGCUAAGUAUGUGUAUCACAGGCACAGCCACUAAGGACUCCCUAGUCACCUGGAUUAGAUAUCUACAGAUGACUAACCCUAAACUAGAACAAAUCCCUGUUAUCUUCAGGCUCAGAACACCUGAAUCUGGACUUCAGUUACCAGAGGGAGCAAAGAAUGAGGUCAUGAGGACGUGACCCAGGGGACUGCAGUCAUAGUGAACAACCCCACAUCAUGGUGAUUGCUUUUUCUGUGGGUUCAUGGGAGCAACCGUGGGCUGUAUUUGCCGAAGAAGAAACAUCAAAGUCAGAGGUUACACUGAGCAUGUGAGCCCUCGGGUCAAGUUGGAAACCUAGUCUGCAUGUUUUUUGCAUAAAUCUUCUGGUUCAUGUGCAAUAACUGCUUGUCUGAUUUUAAUGAAAUUUUGGGCUCCGAUUCAUUUUGUGCCCAUCAGAUGAAGUUCAAGGACCAGAUUUUGCAUAUUUGAAGAUUCCCCGAAUUCUAAUUGGUGGUUGCUUUCCAUGCUACAUCUAGAACUGGUCCAAAUAUCAGGACUCAGGACUCUUUGUUUCACUGUUACCUCUUAGAAGUACAGGUAUAAUUAUAUUUUAUUCUAAUUUGAGACAGCCAUGGUUUUGUUGUUAAUCUAUUGUAUGGCUACUUUGUUACUUAUGGCUUAUUUAUGGAUUGCCACAAAGAUGGAAAUUCUCCAGAACUUGACUCAUUUGAUAUUGUAAAUUUUUGUUGAAGUACAAAAGCAAAGAAAGUAGGGUAACAGCUUUUAACCUGAUUUGUUAAAGUAAAAGAAAGCUAUAAUAUGAAGUAAGGUUAAUCAUAAAGACAACUGAAAACUAUGUGUAAAAAUACUUUCAUUUAUUUUUUCAUAUUAUUUGCAAGUGUUAAAAGGCAUUCAAAUAAUUGAAAACCGUGGUGUGUUUUAUGAGCCAUACUAUCAGUAUAUAGGAACUCUGACAUUACAGCACCAUUUUUCCUGGUGUUCACCACAAGGAAGGAAUUUUUGGAAGGAAAAAAUAAUGAAAGUAUAUUUAUGCAAAGUUUUAAUUGGUGUACUUAGUUAUGCCUACUUUGAUUUUUGGAGGCCAUUUCCUCAAGUUAAGCGUAUGCAUGUAUUUCUGCUGUGGGUGAGUUGUUGACAUCAUAUUGCAUCAAGCAAUUUUAUUCAAUUGUCAUAGAUUUAUUUCUCAUUAAUCACCCCUGAAUGAUCUGGAGUUGAUAAUCAAGAUACAUCUAAUUAUGCACUGUAGAGAAAGGGCUGAAGGGCACGGCUUUAAACAACUUUCUUUGUAACUACAUUUGUACCUGUAAGUGAAUGAUAUAGCGUUGUUUAUACAUGUAGUUUAAACGGUGUGUUACUUAAAAUUCAUUUAUAUCCCUUUGCUGUAUUGAAGUGCCAAAAUUAAUGAUUUUAGAGAAAAAUGUAUUGGCAGUCCCACUUAAUCAUAGCUGUUGUCGCUUAUCUUAUUUCCUCUGAUCAACAAUAGUAUGCUAUUGUCAUGAAGAUUACGAGUCACAAUAUGGCGGAAUAAUUCUGAUUUCACAAUUUCCAUAAACCCUUAGUCACUUAAUCCAUUCAGCUCAACCCAGCUUCAGCAGGCAUGACUGAAAUUCUGUAUCAGCUAGUUUUUCAAGCGAUGUGAUUUAUUUAUUUGAUUGGUGUUUUACGCCUGUUUUACGUACUCAAG